UCUAUGAACAACAAACACUUUUUAUCAAAACAAUUAACGGGAUGGAUACGUUAAACGAUGGGUUCGAUUAGCUAUUUGGUGACUAAAAGUGGAUUCACAUUUUCAUUUGACGCUAUGAAUAACCAUAAGUAUUCUGACAUUCUGAAUGAAGACGAAUCGCUGUUAAAUGAUGAUGAGAUAGUUGAAGAUGGAAUAGCGGAGCUGCAGGCUAAGCUGGAUGAAAUCCUCGCCAAUCAAAAUGAGAUCCUAUCACGUCUUAGCCAAGUGGCCCACAAUAAGCCAGCUGGUGAAUUAUUCAAAGUGGAACUGGAUUAUUUUCCGGUAACUGAUCCUGAAGAACUGCCCAAUCUGGACACCAACCUCUCCAAGCCAGGCAAUAAAUAUGCUAACCUUAUUCACCGAAUCUUGAGACUAGAGGGCCGAAUAGAACCGCUAAAGAAGAAUUUCUCAAAGAUAUUUGAGUAUGAUAUUCUCAUGACAUACAACUACGACGGUGUGAGCACUAAACGGUCAUUUAAACAGUUCAAACAUAUAAACAAAACUAUUUUUGGAAUCCUAAAAACAGAUGGAUAUACGCAAACGGACUACAUUGCCGAUAUCAGGGCAGCCUUUCAUACGUUAAAGCGUCGCUAUCACAAAAGGAAUCAUGAUUUAAGGCGAAAGAUUAAACGGAUUCAAAAACAAGAACCAGACUGUGAUUGGGAAUAGUUGAUCAUUUAGUAAGAAAUUUGGUUAAAAUUUAAUUUAGCAAAGCUUAUCUUAACGAAAGGAAUACGAAGCCAAACCGGUUCUUUGCUCUCUUCUGUAAGUUCUGUUCUUUCAACAUUAAUGAGGUUAUUUUCGUCUUGCAUAGCACCUCAGUACGCCAGUCUUUUAAACCGUAACGUUCUGGUCGACAUCCCCUUGGGGAAAAUAUGGAUCAAAGAUUUCACCAUUCAAUAAGGCUUCUCUUGACUUUAAAGCAUAUUAUUUUAGACAAUGAUUCAUAAAAUCCUUUUCUCUUAAAGUUAUGCGUUAAAAAUCGAAUUUAGGUUAUUGAAGAAUUAAUUUUAAAUUGGUUUUUGUCUAGGCAUUGUUAAAUAUUUAAUUUAUAAAUACCUAACCUGUAAAUAUACUCUUUAAAUAAAUAUUAUUAUUACUGUUAUAAGGUGUAAUCAACAUAGUCAAAAUGUUUUAAUACAAUAAAUGUUGUAUAUUAAUCAACUUUUACAGUUUCAAAAACACCUGUAAAAUAAGUUUCAGGCG